UAUAUUUUAAAAAUUCAAAUGUAGGAAGAAUCAUCGUCUUAAGAUGCGAAUAUAUAGGCAACAAAUUAUCAAUUAAGCACACCUAAAAAAGAAAAGAAACAAAAUAAAACUAAUUAAUCAACAACAAUAUAAUCACCUAAUAAUAAUGAUUUUUAUUCUCCGAAAAAUGUAAAUCCUUGGAAAACUCCAAAAUCAUUUUUAAAGAGUAAUACAAAGUAAGCAACUCCAGAACAUGCUCUAUAAGCAUCUCCUUAUGGUGAUCGUUAUAUUCCACUAAAUGUCUCUAGAAAUCUUUUUAAUAAAUAAAUAUAACCAUUUGAGAUAGAAGAAGAGAAUGUAUAUGAAGAACUAUUGAGUGAAAAUGUAUUAGAAAUAGAUGAAAAUAAAAAUGUUAACAUUUUGAAUUUUAAUAAAUAAAAAGUUGAGAAAUUAUAACCAAAUAAAUAGUAAGAGACUCCUAAAAGAAAGAUUGAUACAUAACCAAUAAAAGUUCUUGAUGCUCCAGGUUUGGAAGAUGAUUUCUAUUAAGACAUUUUGCAUUGGGGAAAAAAUAAUUUAAUUGCUAUAGGUUUAUAAAGAUGUGUAUAUUUGUAUAGUGUUGAUAAUUAAAAGGUUUUUAAAUUGGCAGAACCAUUAAACAAUUAAGUAAAUUCUAUAUAAUAUACUUCUCUUUAAUGGAAUACUAAUGGAUAAAUUUUAGGAAUGGGUAGUUAUGAUGGAGUGUUAAGAUUAUGGGAUUACAAUAAAAAUAUGUAUACAGGAACUAUGAAUUUAACUACAAAAAGAAUAAGUACAAUAAGUUGGGCAAAUUCGAAUAUAUUUGCAUUUGGUAGCAAAGAUAAAACAAUAAAUAUAUGUGAUGUUAGAGUACCUAAUUAUUCAGUAUUUUAAUUAUAUGGACAUACUUAAGAAGUUUGUGGAGUAACUUUUGAUGGAAAUGAAUUAUAAUUAGCAUCUGGAGGAAAUGAUAAUAGGGUUUUCAUUUGGUAAUUAAGAGGUGGCAAUACAAAUACAGAUAAUUAAUAUGUAUCAUGGGAAAUUAAAUCUCAUAAAGCAGCAGUAAGAGCUUUAGCAUGGAAUCCAAAUUCAAGUGGAAUUUUAGCUACUGGAGGUGGAAAUUAAGAUAAAACUAUUAAAAUUCACAGUUCUUUAACUAAUUAAUUAAUUACUAGUAUUAAUUGUGAUUCUUAAGUUUGCAAAUUAAGAUUCUCUAAAAUUAUUAAUGAAUUAGUUUCAACUCAUGGAUAUGAAAAAAACUAAAUUUGUUUAUGGCAAUAUCCAACAAUCAAAAAAAUUCAUUAAUUAGAAGGACAUUCUGAAAGAGUUCUUUAUUUAUCUGCAAGUCCUGGUAUUUAUUAUAUUUAAUAUAUAGAUGAUUCUACUAUUUUGACAGGAUCUGGAGAUGAAACAUUAAAAUUUUGGAAAGUUUAUCCAUCUUAAAUAUCCAAUAAUAUGUCUUCGUUUUUGAACAUGUGUGAAAUUAGAUGA